AAUUAACCCCCCCCCCCCCGAGAAUCAGCAAUACUAUUAGUGCUUGCAGCAAGCCAUGGCCGUUGAGACCCAGGACGCCAUCUUCUCCAUGACCCCCCCGCCCAGCGAGUUCGACGAAUUCGACAAAAGCGCCUUGCUGACUUGCUCACCUUCCCUCCCCGGCCUCUGCUACCCUUCACCGGCUCCUUCGAGUCGAGGGCAUAAUCCGUCCGUGUCAUCAGAGUCUAUAUACAUGCUUCCAGGCAUGUCAAUGUCCGACUCCCAAGCCCACGACCUCCAUCAGUUAUCUUUCGACGACACCGCCUCCGACUCUGCGUCUUUCUUUCCCCUCCCGCCCGUCACCGAUCCCGCCUUGACUGCCGACUUCAAUCCCACCACCUCUGCGUCCGCCUCUGCUCUCACGCCCAACAGCACCUACGCCAUGUAUGAACAGAAUCAGUGGUUUCCCUUCUCCAACUACCCGCAGCCCACCCCGCUGCUGGCCUAUGACCCGACCUCGUCGACACACUUUCCCACCUAUAGUAGCCACCCUCACCAUCCAUCUGCCCAUGUUAUUCCUCCGACACCUCAGGACAUUCAACCCGCACAUUUCGACUUCAACCAGGCUCCCACCUCGGGCAUCCCCUCGGCCCAUCACCUGGCCGCCUCGCCCGUCUUCUCACAAGUCUCUCACCCGAGCUCUCAGAGUCACCGCGGUAGCGUCUCGUCCAUGUCACGGUCAUGUAGUCCCAUUUCCUCGAUGAGUAGAGGUCAUUCCGACUCGCUUCGCCCAGCGCUCCGCUCCAACUCGACCUCAUCCAACACCUCUCUCCACGCCUAUGGCAUUCCAGUGACGGAACCAACGUCAAUGAUGGUGACAUCUCUGCACCCCUCGUCGCCUUCCGCGCAUAACGGUGGUGUCGGUCAGUCCUGGCGCUGUGCCUACCCAGGCUGUACCUCGCGGGCCACUUUCACUCGAGGCUGUGAUCUGCGGAAACACUACAACCGGCACAGCAAGCACCUCUUCUGCCGCGUUGAUGGCUGCCCGCAGAGCGAGGCUGCUGCCGCCGCGCGUGCCAAGUCCGCCGACCAGCCCCUCACUGGCGGGUUUUCCAGCAAGAAGGACCGCGCCCGCCACGAGGCCAAGCACAACCCGGGCAUCAAGUGCGAAUGGCGCGGGCCCGAAGGCGAGGAAUGUGGUCGGGUCUUUUCCCGCAUGGACAACAUGAAAGACCAUGUCCGACGGAUUCACAACAAAGGCCAGCAACAGCAGAACGGUGGACAGGCAUCCAGUCGCAAGUGACCGCACCGAUCCACCUGUAUGAGCUAAAAAAUGAGCCCCAGGGUCUAAGAGGAUCGUGGCCAUCAUGAUCGCAGUGCGAGGCUUCACCACCGAGUCCCCAUUCUGGGGUGACUCGGCACUCGAGGCCGCUGACGCCUGCAAAGAAAUCACCACUUGUCAUUCUCCACGGCCGAAAUUGGGAAGGGCAGGAAGAGGCUACCAAAAGGAAGCAAGGAGGAAAUGAAGACGGGAAGGAGAAGGCAACAGAAGCUUGCUUGCCGGCCAAGGGAUCAGGAAAUCCCCCCUCCUUUCUAAAUGAACUAUUUUUUUUGUUUUGACCCCCAAAGACCGUGUCCCUUUCGAGACCCUGACGAGAAGACUGUGUUUCUCUUCCCCUUUUCCUCGAAAAAGUCCUGACGAGUCUUCUUUUUUAAUGUCCUCGUUUUGGCGGAAAGAGUGCAGGAGCUGUGGCGGCGGGGAAAAAAAAGAGGAGGCGCACUCCCUCUUCUUAUGUUCUUAUACCUCUCUUCUUCUUCUUCUUCUGGGAAAUCGGGGUUCAGGAGCGUUUCCUGUUCUCCCUCUGAUGUGUGUCCAUAUAUUCUUCUUCCAACUGCGAAUGGAAACGCGUAUGAAAUGACGGGAUGGGAAGGAACGGGCACUUUAUGGGACGGAAGAUAUACUCGGGCUGGCUGGGCGGGUUCUGCUGUCACAGAUAAUAAUGCGUUAUUUGGGUUUAUGGUGUUCUAUGGUUCUACCGUGUCCUCGCUCUCUUGCCCGGCUGCAAAAUGUGUCUCCC